GCCGCCGCCGCCGCCGUCAUGGCUUGGCCCUGCAUCAGCCGAGUGUGCUGCCUGGCGCGGUUCUGGAACCAGCUGGACAAGUCGGACCUGGCCGUGCCGCUCACCAUCCACAAUUACUCCGACAUCGAAGAGCCGGCCGAGGAGUGGGCGGAGGCGGCCGGGGGCGGCGGGCCCCAGCAACCGCGCAUCCCAACAGGUGGCAGCACCAGCGGCAGCCGGGCCCCGGCCCCGCCGCGGGCCUCCGCCGCCGCCGCCGCUCUGCCCGCGUCGGCGUCCGCCCCGUCGCUGCAGCAGCCGCCGCAGGAGGGCCUGGGGGUCGCCAAGAGGCCGUCGAAAAAGGCGAGCCAUCGGCGCAAGGAGCCCUUCGCCGCAGAGACUCAGUACCAGCAGGAUUUCCGCGCGUGGCCGGUGCAGAAGCGGGACGCCCUGCCCUGGGUCGGCGAGGGCAGGCGGGGGGAGCCCCCGGGAGCGCCCCCCGCCUCUGCCGCCCCCGCCCCCGCCGCCGCCGCCGCGGGAGGCUCCUCCGCCACCGCUGCCCACGCCGGCCCGAUCCCGGGGGCCUCCCACGUGUACGUGCUGCCGGCGGCCGGCCAGGAGGUAGGCAGCAAGUACGGCGGCUUUAAACAGGUGUGGCCGUCCUCCCCGCCGCCAGGCGUCCCUAAGACCACUUCCUACAGGCGUGAGUAUCGUCCAUGGACUGGGGCAAAACGAUCAAGGCCCACAAAGACAACACAAGGUUUCGUGAUUCCAGAGGAUCACUUUGUGCAAGAAUCUAGCUACAAAGCAGACUUUAAGAUCCCAGAAGCGAAGGCUAAGUUUUCUCCAAACCCUUCUGCCGUUUUCCAGGCGCCGUCUCGCAUCCUCAACGUAUGAAUGCCCAUUUCCCAUCCAGGCAGCUUGAAUGUUAAAGUUGUGAACAUGUACAGCUAUGCAACUUUCAUGAGUGGUGUUGAGAUAAGUGCAAGGAUGAUUAAAAGCAGCUACAGUAAUUUUCAGAAUUUAUGCAUCUAUCAUGAACAUGUAAAUUGUAAAGCACUUGAGUUGGAGAUGGCAUAAUAUACUGGGGAGAAUGACCUACUUUAAUAGAAAGAGGCUUGAUAGAAUUACUGGCUGGGCUGGAUUCACAUUGAAGAUAUUGACAUCAGUCAGCAAAAGGCAGCAUUUAAAACAAGUUCACAGGGGACUGGGUAAGGGGUAUAGCAAACUUCCCUUUCCCCAAUA